CUGGCUACGGGCCCGACACAGGACUACAUAUUUACCUAAUUAAUGUGUGGUUCUCAGUCACUUAAAGACUAGCAAAUUGCAGACGUUUGAAUGACGUAAUCAACACUUUCGAUGUGGAAAAUAUAAUUAUAAUCUUAAACGUACUGGAUGAUGCCACAGCGCAGACAGCUGAUUGUGCUGUAAACAGGAAAGAAUCUUCAGAAAUGAAUGAACUGCGGGUCUUCAGGUAGACCAAACGACCUUGUAAAGGAAAUGGUAAGGGUUCUGUGAAAAAACCAUUCUGUGUAACCGGAUGUAGUGAAGGGGAAUCUGAGGUAUGCCUGGUGCCUCCCCCGCCCAUUUUCUCGCCUCCGCCGUUUCUGUCAUCUCGACGCAUCUCCUCUCGAGCACCGCGACUAGUCCUUCAUCUACCUGGCCGCUCAUAAAGCCAUUCCUGCUCGCUCAACCGGGGAAACUCCACAACACAACAGUGCCGCAGACGUAACGAUGCCAGAUACCGAAUAACGCCGAGGAGAAAAAAAAAAUCCUUAAACCACAGCGAGCACAAAGUCACGCUCCGAUACGCACGACCACACGCGCGCACGGGAGAGAGCAGUUCACGCGCGGCAGAUGCUUCCCCGUCCUCGCUGAGAUGAUGGCUCUGUGGACGCUCUUCUGCAUCCUCGCCAUUGUGAAAAGCGGUUAUGGGGCAGAUACAGAAGAGAGACUGGUGGAGCAUCUUCUCAAUCCAGCUCACUACAACAAACUGAUCCGACCAGCUACUAAUGGAUCAGAAGUGGUGACAGUGCAGCUGAUGGUCUCGCUGGCGCAGCUCAUCAGUGUGCACGAGAGAGAACAGAUCAUGACCACCAAUGUCUGGCUUACACAGGAAUGGCAGGACUACAGACUAACAUGGAGCCCAGAAGAGUUUGAUGGCAUGAAGAAGGUCCGUCUUCCCUCCAAGCAUAUUUGGCUGCCUGAUGUUGUUCUUUAUAACAAUGCUGACGGCAUGUAUGAGGUGUCAUUCUACUCCAAUGCUGUCGUCUCCUAUGAUGGAAGUGUCUUCUGGUUGCCACCAGCGAUCUAUAAGAGUGCCUGUAAAAUUGAGGUGAAGCACUUCCCAUUCGACCAGCAAAACUGCACUCUAAGCUUUCGUUCCUGGACCUAUGACCGUACAGAAGUGGACUUGGUUCUGCGUGCAGACGUGGCAAGCAUGGAUGAUUUCACACCCAGUGGUGAGUGGGAUAUCAUUGCUCUUCCUGGCCGUCGAAAUGAGAACCCUUCAGACCCAACUUACGUAGACAUCACCUACGACUUCAUCAUCCGCCGAAAACCCCUGUUCUACACAAUCAACCUCAUCAUUCCUUGCGUCCUCAUCACCUCGCUGGCCAUCCUGGUGUUCUACCUGCCGUCAGACUGUGGCGAAAAGAUGACGCUGUGCAUCUCGGUGCUCCUUGCCCUCACUGUGUUCCUGCUGCUGAUCUCUAAAAUUGUGCCCCCCACUUCUCUCGAUGUCCCUCUGGUUGGGAAGUAUCUGAUGUUCACCAUGGUGCUGGUCACAUUCUCCAUUGUGACGAGUGUGUGUGUGCUGAACGUGCACCACCGGUCGCCCACCACACACACUAUGCCUCCGUGGGUGAAGUUGGUGUUCCUCAACAAGUUGCCUGCUCUUCUCUUCAUGCGGCAGCCGCGUAACAGCAGUGAACGACAGCGUCUGCGCCAACGUCGGCGUGCCAAUGAACAGCAGGAAGGUGGGCGAGGGGGUCUGGCUGCCGGGCUCAUGGCAGGAUUGGGUCUGAGCGGCUCUUCAUCAGGGAGCAAAGAGAACAAUGAGGCUUGCACAUGCUAUGUGAACCGGGCCUCUGUGAAACAGUUUGGGGCAGAGUUGGGUGGAGGGGGUGGUGGAGGUGGGUCAACAGAUGGACUAAACGGAAUAAGAGAAGGGGGCAGAGAGACCAGGGAAGGAGGUGCAAAUCCAUUGCAGGGAUCUGCUCUACCUCGGGGGAAACAGCAGCCCCCUACUGUCCUCACUCAGGCUCUGCUGGCCCAGGCCUGUCCAGGGUUUGAGGAGGCUGUAGAUGGAGUCCGCUUCAUCGCAAACCACAUGAAGAGUGAGGAUGACGAUCGUAGCGUGAGUGAAGACUGGAAAUAUGUGGCCAUGGUGAUUGAUCGCCUUUUCCUCUGGAUCUUUGUGUUUGUGUGCGUCUUUGGCACAAUCGGAAUGUUCCUCCAACCUCUGUUUCAAAACUACACAGCCAAAACAAUCACCCACACACCAGGCUGACUAACCACCACCCCCCGGCACAACAAUGGACUCUACCCACCAUCAGCUGCGACAGGAGGGCGAAGGCAGGAGGGGGGGUCUGCGGAAGGGGAGGGCAAAUAUCACUCUGGACUAGCAUUAGGUUUAUAUGAACCAUUUUUGGAAUAUCACGCAGAGUGGGGAUUUGGUCCAGGAUUCCCGUUCAGGCCUCUCAUCCACUCCACCUUCCCCUCCUUUUAGGUGACAAACCACACAAGCCAAUCGACGAGAAGGGAAACACCUGUUUACUUUGCUCAGCAGCCAAUCAGCACUCUUUUCUGCAAAUAGCAAGCCAUCCACCGCCCACAAGCUCUGAAAUGAGCGGUCUGCUUCCUCAAGAGUCACAUGACUUCCGUUCGUUACCUGUACUUGCAAGGUACUCAGACAGGGAUGAACUAAAAUGCUUGAUCUAAUGUCAUUUCCAUAAGGUUUUCAUGCUCGUAUUUAUUUCAUAUGGUCUAGAAGCCUGUCAUGAUCCAUUUGUUUACGAAGCAACAGUCUCUGUUCUAUAUGAACACACAGAUGGUCAUUAGACAAUGGGCUUUGAUGGAGUAUUGUAUCAUCAAUAAUUUACUGUACUUAAUGUGUGAUUUGUAUUAUUGCAACACGCAACAUAAGAGCAACCUAAGAGGGAGGAUGCCUGAUGAUAUAGAAUGAUAUAGAGUGGGCUCUUAAUGACUAUAUGAAGUGGUACUAUAAAGUAUUAGGUUUAAGUCUUUGGUUUUGGAGAGGGUUGGUUCUCAACAUAAGUGUCCCAAGUUGUGCAUUUUCAGUACUGCACUGAAUGAUGAGCUGCGCCUAGGCCCUAAAUACAGUACUUUACAGAGGUCUGAAGUGGUUUGAACAAAAUGGCUAAUACCCAGACAAAUUAGCGUUAGAGUGUGUUCACGCUUGUAGUUUGGUUCGCUUGGUAUGGAAAAUGAUACAUUUAAUCAUGGUACAGUGUUUGGAAGGCCAAACCUAAAGAUAAAAAGCAAAAACUGAUGUACAUUUUAUGACCAUAUUAAACAUCCAAAUUACCGCAGUGUGUUGGGCUGUUGGGGUAUGUGUAUUUUUAUCAGUUAAGACACAUGAAGAGCUUAUAAAAUGUGUAAACAAAGAAUUUCUUCAUUGUCCACACCAGUGACACCUGUAUUGAACUGUAAGGGACUACAAUAAUGAAAAAAAAAACAGGUUUGCCAGAGUUUUUAGUCCAAUCAGAUGUCUUUGGUCUGUGUUGUAUUCAUAUGUUGGUUAAACUGCAAAAGUGUUUGUGUGGAAGUGGACCAAGACUCAUCUUUUUUAAAGAUCUUUCUGCUUGUUUGGUCCACACCAUGGUUCAGAUGGCUAAUGAAUGAGACUUAAGCCAAAAUUUAUUUCUGUGUUGAGUGACUGGUGUACUUCACAACCCUUCCCCUUCUGCAUUCUGUUUGUUUUGCCCUGCAAUAAUACUUAAGAAACUAGUAUUCAGUACACAGUGGGGUUUCUGUGAGCUGGAAACUGUCAAGUUUCUUUGCUGAUGUUUUGAGUUCACGGUAAAAAUCUGUAGCAGUAGUUCAAACUCACACUCAUUCAGGGAAGAAAGAAGUGGGAACCAGUGAAUGUACAACAACUUUAAUCAUUAAUUAAAAACAAAACAAAAGCAUCCUUAUGGAGCUCCUCCACGGAACUCAAGUCUUGUUAAACACUCAUGCUACCGGACUUGCCCUCCCAUAGCUCUCAACCACAGAUGACUCUGUUUCAUCGCAACAUAUAAUUACAUUUUUCAGAGGUACAGGUAAAAUGAGCUUAAUGAAGCUAUUGCAUCUAAGUUAGUAGCAUUGAUCAAACCAAAUCUACCAAGUGUGAACACACCCUUAAAGACUGUGAUUUAGUGACUCCCAAGUUGGCAUAAAAAAGAUGAAAUCCUGAGCAGUACUGCAGUACUGGACCCUGGACCUCCUAUAUUUUCCUUGCUCUCUCCUUUUCCCUAAUGUUCUUGUUUAUCUCUCUUGUUCCCAUUAAUCCAUUUGGUUCACACCACAUCCUUCGAAAUACAUCAUAGCUUUUCAUGAAAUUGUAAGGCCACUGGUUAUGUCCAUUCUCUUAUUUAAUUUCAUUUCAUCAGCAACUUCGGAGAUCCUUGAGCUUAUGUGAGGGGUGUCAAAAUUAAUUGUUUCUUUAAUGCACCAUGAUGCAGACGUGAACAAUUCAGUAUUGGUUCGGUAACAGGUCCUAACCGGUUAUUAUGUACUGAUGCCAUUUAUUACAUAUAUUUUAUAUGGCGGCAGCUUACUACGGCGAGGGAGGAGACUGCAAGUAAUUAAAAUGCUCCAACU